GUAGACUCAGAAAGAUCCAUUGUGAACUGUAACUGGGGUCGUCGAGCAAUAUUCGACGGCCACCACGGCACAAGGAAAGCUAUUCCUCUUCGCAGCUUCUUCUCUUCCUUCCAGAGCCGCACAUCUCUCCCUCUCAUAGAAAGGCGCUUGCAUUUUCAGAAAUCUGUCAUUUGUUGCACAGCAUUUGCUCUCCGGACGCUGAAUAUUACCGCCUCAGCUUAGGUCGUGCCCGUCGAAGCUCCUUACCGUAGGCCGCUCUUCAAAAUGGCUUCCUCUAUCAUCGCCUCGCAGGCGGGAGCGUUGAGCGCAAUUUCAGCUCUCAGGGACUCCCAGGUCCGCGCAGCUGCGGCUGGUCCCUUGCCUACUGUAGCUGUCCCAUUGCCUAGGGGCAACUCUUUUGGGAAUGGGAAAGCAUUCGUUGCUGCAGCAAAGACCUCUCGCCCGAGCAGCCGCGGGACCAGCUUUGUUGCCUCUGCCUCAGAGGAGGAGUCUGCCUCUGUGGCCGUUGAGGAGGAGAGCGAUGCAGCGCCCUUCACGCACGGGGAGUGGAGCUCCACACACUCCAUUCUCAACUUUGAGGACGUGAUGGCCCACUACGAGCCAAUGAUGUUCAAGGAAAACGCCCAGCCUAGCACCCUCCUCUCCGACAUCAUGGCCACUACCGUCAAGACCGCCAAGGUGACCGACAAGGUUUCGGAGAUCACGGGCUUCUUUGAUGAGAUCAGCGGCCUCCCAAUCGUCAGCGAGGACCUCAAGGUGGUGGGCGUUGUCUCCAAGAAGGACCUGGAGAAGUCCUCUGACCCGAACGCGUCUGUUGGGGACAUCAUGUCCACCCCUGUUUACACUGCCACCGACUCCAGCACCGUGUCAGAUGCCGCCGUGCUUAUGCUGAAGCACAAGGUGCACAGAAUCCCUGUUGUCAACGAAGCGGAUCAGCUCGUCGGUAUUGUCACAAGGACAGAUGUCUUUACUAAUCUGGAAGGCAGCAACUAGACAAUAAUGCACGGGGGGUGCGCACGUGAGUCUCCGUGAGACUUCUGACUUCUGUACAUUGUGGGGCCUGCAGAGAUUGUGCCAGCUUGCUUGUGUUAGAUAAGGGGAGGGCGGGGUACAUCCGGGGUUCAUUAGGAUCUUGAUUUUGCAGUUUAGCUUGUCUUGCUCUCCGUAGUCAGCUUGCUUUCAGAUUCCGAAUUUGAUCUCUGGUCGUCAAUCUAGACAGAGGUUGAGAUGGUGAGCUUUGCCUUGACGAGGUGCACGUGUCGUGUUGUCUUUCAAAAAAGGUGUUCAGGUAGCUCUUGCAUCCGAGUCUCACAUGACAUAUGCACAGCAAGUAAAUACGUCCAACGACCUCAAAGCCGUUGUGCAUCUACACAACUAAUGUUGACGUUUGGCCAGUGGUUGAUCUAUUAAUUAUUGUAUUGGUACUCACGCCAAUGCAUCCGAGGCAACUUUGCACGCUCAACCUCGAUUAGGGUCAUCCUGUUUGUUUGGCGAUUGCGGCGGUUGAGGACCACCGUCUUCAUGCGCAGUGCCUCAAGUAAUCCUGCCGUUGUACGGUUAGCGAAGCUCAACCCCCUGAUCUGCUUAGUGUGAGUGAGUCUAUGACUAGGUGGCAGCAGUUCCGUUAAGCGACUGACCUCAUGUAUACAAACAUUGUACGAUCCGAUCCGCGUCAGUUCCGUCAAACCUUUUAAAUUAAUGAAGUUGAAUCAAACCUG